CGUGACUUCCAGUCAAGGGGCUGCAACUUUCUGUUUUCGUUCCCUGGCGAUCCUCCCUUUGCAGCCGGGGAUGCAAAGCUCAGCUCCUAAUAUGGAGGAAAGUGAGAUUACAGGAGCGCUUGUAAAUGAGACGGAGAAUGUUAAAGAACCAGAUAAAUUAAAGAGUAUGGAGAAUGGUGAGCCUCCAGGCACACUUGUGAACAAAACAAAGCAUCUUGGAGAACGGGAAAAAGGCAAAACUACUGAGGAAGGCCAAGUUGCAAACCAACGUGUCAACGAGGCGGAAAGGGAACGGCAAGAAUGGGAGGAGAAGGUUGCCAGCGCUGAAAAGGCAAAGGCCGAAACGCUUCUUUCGAAACUUGCCGAUGAGAAGAGGUCCCGCUGCCAAGAUGAGUUAAGAAAGCUAAAGGAUCAGGAAAACGAGGCACUGAGGGAAAGAAUGAUGGUGCACGAGAAGCAUCAGGAGGAAAUUUCCGUAAUAAAUUCAAAGAAUACUGAGCUAAAAAGGGAAAUUCAGGUCCUUAAAGCCAGGCUUGCAGAAGAGAAAGCCAAAUGUGGAGAGCUUGCAAAGAGAUUUCGGCUCAAAAAUGACAUACCUGAGAAGAAGAUGAAGUUUGUGCGGCUGGAGAAUAUCAAGGAUGAGGGCAUGUAUAUGAACAUAAACUGCCUUUUCCACAUAGCGUCAAAAAUCCCAUUCAGGCUAAGCCAAGGAGAAGCUCUCAUCACGUUUGAAGAGGAAUGUGUUGCCCAGGGACUGAUCCAAAAACACUGCCAUAAUGUGAACUUUGAAAGUAAGAUGAUAGCUAUGAAAGCUCUGCCCGUUAUCCUGGAGAGGGGAGUAACAUUUGAGCUCCAUGCUAAGAUCUCUAGAAAGCAGAUUAAUGUUUCUAACAUCCCAUACCUAAAGAUCCCUCCGGAAUGGAUGAGAGAUAAGUUGGAACUGAAUUUGUACAAAGCUAAACUGGGAGGAGAAGUGCAGAAUGUGACCUAUGACCAGCAGUCCCAGAUGGCCCUCGUUACAUUUGGCCAGCCAAUAGCUGCCAACAACAUUGUAAGAUGUGGAAAAUGCCCUUUCCGUACAGGUGAAAGGAUUCAUUUUGUCCUGAUUUCUCCUAUCAUAGAGAAGACUCUGAAAAGAUUUCAGAUAUAUUCAGGGAUUUCCAGGAAAACCAUACUGCUAACGGGAAUCAAGGCAGAAGAGGAUGAUGAUGAAAGUGUGCAAGAUAUGAUUGCGAUCCACUUUCAGAAACGUAGAAAUGGUGGCGGUGAAGUGGAGAAUGUCAAAUUCGUUUCACAAGGAGCCAAAGUCGCUUACUUUGAGAAUGGUGCAGAGAAUGUUAUAUGACAGAGAAUGAAGUUGAACUUGAUUUUCCAUUCUGCCACAGAACAAUAAACAUGCUCUGUGUUUUUAAUAAAAUAUUAUUUCACUAGAUGGUGUGCCUGCUUGUUUUCUAAAUCAAACGUCAUUUUUCACAGAUGGGAAGGCUCUCCUCUGAUCCAGCAAAAGUAAUGGCAAACAGUGCAAUCCUAUCUAUGCAUGUUUACUUAGAAGUAACUCCCACUGUUUUAAAUGGGGUUUACUCUGAAAUAAGUGUACAUUGGUUUGCUGCUUAUGUUCAUCAGAUUGUAAAGAAGGCAUCACUAGGCAAGCACUGAUUGAUCUUAGCGCUACAAUAGGAAACAAGCCCCAACAGAGAUGAUGGCUGACAUAAGAUGACUACGAGUCCUUUACGAUCUCAGUAAAUUGAUUAUAUACUUUAGAGUCAGAGGUUCAUUGCAGAUAGCUAAUAUUGGAUCCUAGAUUGCUGUUAUGGUCAAUACAAUAUAAGUGCUCAUAAUAAAUUGGUGUGUUUCGAAUA